UGUGUGUGUGUGUGUGUGUGUGUGUGUGUGUGUGUGUGUGUGUGUGGCGGGGGGAGGCACACACUGAAUGAAGCUCCUGGUGUGUUAAACUCUUGUUGGUAAACUGAGCCCAGAUCAACACAAAGCCUCGGUCAUCAGAGCCACUUCAGCUGCAGGAGCAGUGGUCUCAGACGGUGGAGCAGGGGUCUCAGACGGUGGAGCAGGGGUCUCAGACGGUGGUCCUGUGUUCUUCUGAACUGAGGAGUUUUAUGGAGCAGAUCCCAAAUGCUCACCUGACUACAGCCGAAUCAUCAACCAGAGGCAUUUUAAUCGAAUCCUGAGCCUGAUGGAGGGCUACACCCCCGUGGUGGGGGGGCAGAGUGACUCCUCACAGUGCUACAUUGCCCCCACAGUGCUGAAGGACGUGCCCCCCCACUCCAGACUGAUGCAGGAGGAGAUCUUCGGUCCUCUGCUGCCCAUAGUGGCUGUGAGCGACAUGGACGAUGCCAUUCAGUUCAUCAACGAGAGAGAGAAACCCCUGGCCCUCUACAUCUUCUGCUCAGACAAGAAGGCAGUGAAACGGAUGAUUGAGGAGACCACAAGUGGAGGAGUGACAGUUAAUGAUGUCAUGAUGCACUACACACUCAGCUCUCUCCCCUUCGGUGGAGUUGGUCAGAGCGGGACGGGCUCUUACCACGGGAAACACACCUUUGAGAGGUUGAGUCACCACAGAGCGUGCCUGGUGCGCUCUCUGAACAUGGAGCGAGUGAACUUGGCCCGAUAUCCUCCUCAGGACCGGCGGCGGGCUCGCAGGGCACGCGUGGCCCUCAGGUCCCCUCUGAUCGACACGUCUAAGAGRACUCUGAUCUGGGCUAUUGUUGCCACCAUCCUGGGCGUGGGUCUGUUCAUCGCUCUGCUGGUGAUCCUGCUCAUCGCUGCAGGACUCAACUGUACCUGCUGGUACUGGAGAGGCUUUUAUAACUAAAUACUGUUGAGAAGAACAAAGAGUCUGCUGCACUUUGAAACCCAUUUUAUAUUCAGAGUUUUCAGACUUGAAUCAGUACACAACCUGUUGAUCUAACUCUUUGUUUUGUGUUCAACACUAAAACACUUUUCAAACCUUAAGUUUCGGGGUUCUUCAUUUAUUCUAUGGAAAUAUUCACUCCCAUUCAUGUUUGCAUUAUUUUGUUGAAAAAUUAAAACAUUUGAACACAAAA